AUGGCUAACAAAGCGAAGCAGAGACCGGCGACGCUGUCCGUCUACCUUUACAUUCCGAAUAUCGUCGGGUACAUGAGAGUUAUCUUGAACUGCAUUGCCUUCGCUGUGUGCUUCUCCAACAAGACGCUCUUCUCUCUGUUAUACUUUUUCAGUUUUUGCUGUGAUGCUGUCGACGGAUGGUGUGCUCGUAAAUUCAACCAAGUUUCUACAUUUGGAGCUGUUCUGGACAUGGUUACAGAUAGAGUCAGCACUGCCUGUCUUCUCGUGAUUCUCUCCCAAAUUUACAGGCCUAGUUUGGCAUUCCUGUCGUUGCUGGCUCUAGAUAUUGCUAGUCACUGGCUGCAAAUGUACAGUACAUUUCUAUCAGGGAAGACCAGUCACAAGGAUGUGAAAGAUAGCACGAGCUGGCUGUUUAGACUCUACUAUGGAAACCGCAUGUUCAUGGGUUAUUGCUGUGUUUCCUGCGAGGUUCUUUAUAUAAUCCUUCUUCUCAUAGCAAAGAACCAAACAGAAAAUCUGAUCAAGGUGGUAGUUGAAUCAUUGAUGCAGUGCUCACCGCUCUCUUUACUCUUGGCUUUGAGCAUAUUUGGUUGGUCGAUCAAGCAGAUCAUCAAUGUGAUUCAGAUGAAAACGGCUGCAGAUGUGUGUGUACUGUAUGACAUAGAGAAGCAACAUAAAGCAUAA